GGGCCGCUCUGGGCCGCACACCUCGUUCACCCUCGGACUCAGCUCCGACUGCUGGUGGCAGCCCUACCCGCGCCGAGAGCCGACCUGCCGGGCUCCUAAGCGGCGGACCCACCACCUCGGCUCCUCCGGGCCGGACCGAGACCGCAGGCAGCACCGCGGGGUGUGGGGUGGACCCAGGAUAUGAAAUGACAACGUCAACCCUCCAGAAAGCCAUCGAUCUGGUGACAAAAGCCACAGAAGAGGACAAAGCCAAGAACUACGAGGAGGCACUCCGGCUCUACCAGCAUGCUGUGGAGUAUUUCCUCCACGCCAUCAAAUAUGAAGCACACAGUGACAAGGCCAAGGAGAGCAUUCGAGCAAAAUGCAUGCAGUACCUAGACAGAGCGGAGAAGCUGAAGGAUUAUUUACGAAACAAAGAGAAACAUGGCAAGAAGCCAGUCAAAGAGAAUCAGAGUGAAGGCAAGGGUAGUGACAGUGACAGCGAAGGGGAUAAUCCAGAGAAAAAGAAAUUACAAGAACAGUUGAUGGGCGCUGUUGUGAUGGAGAAGCCUAACAUACGGUGGAAUGAUGUAGCCGGCCUGGAGGGGGCUAAAGAGGCUCUCAAAGAAGCUGUGAUUUUGCCAAUUAAAUUCCCACACUUAUUCACAGGCAAACGCACUCCUUGGCGAGGUAUACUGCUCUUUGGGCCCCCAGGCACAGGCAAGUCCUACCUGGCCAAAGCCGUGGCAACAGAAGCCAACAACUCCACCUUCUUCUCUGUGUCCUCCUCGGAUCUGAUGUCUAAGUGGUUGGGGGAAAGCGAGAAGCUAGUCAAGAACUUGUUUGAGUUGGCCAGGCAGCACAAGCCUUCCAUCAUCUUCAUUGAUGAAGUGGAUUCCCUCUGCGGGUCACGGAACGAAAAUGAGAGUGAGGCUGCCCGAAGGAUCAAAACAGAGUUCUUGGUCCAGAUGCAAGGAGUGGGGAAUAAUAAUGAUGGAACUCUUGUUCUUGGUGCCACAAACAUCCCCUGGGUGUUGGAUUCCGCCAUCAGGAGGAGGUUUGAAAAACGAAUUUAUAUCCCAUUGCCAGAGGAGGCGGCCCGUGCCCAGAUGUUUCGGUUACAUCUGGGAAGCACACCUCACAACCUCACAGAUGCGAACAUCCAUGAGCUGGCCCGAAAGACAGAAGGCUACUCAGGAGCAGAUAUCAGCAUCAUUGUGCGAGACUCCCUCAUGCAGCCAGUCAGAAAAGUACAGUCAGCAACACACUUCAAGAAGGUUUGUGGCCCUUCUCGAACCAACCCUAGUGUUAUGAUUGAUGAUCUUCUGACCCCGUGUUCUCCAGGAGAUCCAGGGGCCAUAGAGAUGACUUGGAUGGAUGUCCCUGGUGAUAAACUCUUAGAGCCUGUGGUUUGCAUGUCGGACAUGCUCCGGUCUCUGGCCACCACCCGGCCCACAGUGAAUGCAGACGACCUCCUAAAAGUAAAGAAAUUCUCUGAGGACUUUGGACAGGAGAGUUAAAGCUUCAUGUUGAUAAUGAAAUUCAGAGUUUGACUGGAGCAAGUUCAUGGGACUUCCUACAGCAGUGGCCAGGCAGGGCCUGAAGUUGUGAAGUCAGUAGUAUUCCCUCUACUGCCUGGCUGCCAACCUACUAGGACGGAGGAGGGGCCUCCGCAGCUGCAGAGACGCUUCACCACGUAGGACACUUGACACUGGCUCUGCGUACUUCACUACUGGAUGCUCACACUCCUUGCCCUCAUCUGUUUUUGUCUAACUUUUGUUCCCCUAAAUUAAUGCUGCUUUGAUUUCUGUCUUGUUUAUAAAUAAAGAGAAAAAUCGUCUGGAAAGUGUUAAGGAGUGGGAGCCACCAGGCCCCUGCUCUCACUCCUUUUCCUCUUAACUUGGUACUUGUGAGCUGCCUGUGGUGAAGCAGGAAAAGCCAUCCCACCCUCCUAAGCUCACAUUUGGAGAUUCAGGUCCUUACAGGAGCCGAUGGCUUCUGUGAGCACAAUGCUGUUUCCAUCAGGAGACGGCAGGCAGGCAGGCCUCCAUCGCUGCCUUCAAUGAGAACUGAGCCCGGCCUCUGUUGGUCCUGCCCUGGAGACGUCUAAUAAACCCUUUUCCCUUCUUGA